AUGUCUGCCUCGCAUGGGAAGUGGACCAAUGGGCUCCAAUUCUCAUCCCUCUUUUGGCCGCCACCACUCGGUGAGCAGCAGAAACAGGCACAAGUGAUGGCCUAUGUUGAAUAUUUUGGUCAGUUCACGUCUGAGGAAUUCCAAGAAGAUAUAGCUCAGCUAAUCCAAAGUCAUUAUCCUUCAAAAGAUAAGCGCCUUUUGGAUGAAGUUUUGGCUGUAUUUGUUCUGCACCAUCCAGAGCAUGGUCAUGCCAUUAUCCAUCCAAUUCUUUCGCUUAUAAUUGAUGGGACAUUGGCAUAUGAUAGAAAUGACUCUCCAUUUUGCUCUUUUAUAUCCCUAUUCAAACAGAACUCUGAGAAAGAAUAUUCUGAGCAAUGGGCUUUGGCAUGUGGGGAAAUUUUACGGGUUUUAACUCACUACAAUCGGCCAAUUCACAAGGUUGAGCAUCAUAAUGUUGAAUAUGAGAGGAGCAAUAGUGACAACCGUGCUACCACAAGCAAGUCAAAGCAGGAAGAAGCAAAUCACCCACUACAGCAGGAAGAUAGGAAACCAUUGCGACCAUUAUCUCCCUGGAUUACGGAUAUUUUGCUUGCUGCACCACUGGGAAUUAGAAGUGAUUAUUUUAGAUGGUGUGGAGGGGUCAUGGGCAAAUAUGCAGCAGGUGGAGACCUAAAGCCUCCGACAACUGCUUGUAGUCGUGGAUCUGGAAAGCAUCAACUUAUGCAAUCCACUCCCAGAUGGGCUGUAGCCAAUGGAGCUGGAGUUAUACUGAGUGUUUGUGAUGAAGAAGUAGCUCGUUACGAGACUGCAAAUUUGACAGCAGCUGCUGUUCCUGCACUCUUGCUUCCUCCUCCUACAAAUGCCUUAGAUGAGCAUCUAGAUGCUGCCCUGCCUGCUCUUGAGCCUUAUGCUUGCUUGUUUCAUAGGUACUAUGCCCUUGCUACACCUAGUGCAACUCAGAGGCUACUUCUUGGACUGCUUGAAGCACCACCAUCAUGGGCACCUGAUGCACUUGAUGCUGCUGUACAACUAGUUGAACUCCUUAGAGCAGCUGAGGAUUACGCAUCUGGUGUGAAGCUUCCAAGGAAUUGGAUGCAUUUGCACUUCCUACGUGCAAUCGGUAUUGCAAUGUCCAUGAGAGUUGGAAUCGCUGCAGAUGCUGCAGCUGCUUUGCUUUUCCGAAUACUUUCUCAGCCUACAUUGCUCUUUCCCCCUCUGAGACAUGCUGAAGGAAUCAAAGUCCAUCAUGAACCUGUAGAUGGUUAUAUUUCACCAUACAAGAGACAGAUCGAAGCUUCUAUUUGUGAUGCCACUAUUGAGGCAACUGCUCAAGGAAUUGCAUCAAUGUUAUGUGCACAUGGCCCUGAUGUUGAAUGGAGAAUAUGUACCAUUUGGGAAGCCGCUUAUGGUCUGCUUCCUCUGAGUUCUGCAGUUGUUGACUUGCCUGAAAUAGUAGUUGCAGCCCCUUUGCAACCUCCUCCUUUGUCAUGGAAUUUGUAUUUACCACUGCUUAAAGUCUUAGAGUAUCUUCCCCAGGGAAGUCCAUCUGAAGCAUGCCUCAUGAGAAUCUUUGUUGCCACUGUGGAAACUGUACUCCGAAGAACUUUCCCCUCAGAGAAUUCGGAGCAACCCCGAAAACCGAGAGGUCAUGGCAGUAUGUGGUCUACCACUAAGAACCUAGCUGUUGCUGAGCUUCAUACAAUGAUUCAUUCACUGUUUUUGGAAUCUUGUGCAUCUAUGGACCUUGCCUCCCGCUUGUUGUUUGUAGUGCUAACAAUUUGUGUCAGUCAUGAUGCUUUGCCUGAUGGGAGCAAAAGACCAACAGGUUGUGGUAGUCAUUCUGCAGAAGAAAUUGGGGAGUCAGAGACAGUAAAUGGAGAGGCGGUUACAAGUUACAAAAAUAGGAGAAAACAAGGGCCAGUUGCAACAUUUGAUUCUUAUGUUCUAGCAGCUAUUUGUGCAUUGGCUUGUGAGCUUCAGUUAUUUCCUUUGAUUUCCAAAAGCCGUACAUGUUUGGAAUCUAAAGACUCCGCAAGAAUGACUAAAGUUGCAAAGGGUAAUGGAGCUGCUCAUGAGUUGUAUAAUAGUAUUACAUCUGCUGUUUGUCACUCUCGUCGAAUACUUGGAAUUCUUGAAGCCCUUUUCUCAUUGAAGCCAUCGUCUAUCGGUACAUCAUGGAGCUACAGUUCGAAUGAGAUUGUAGCUGCUGCAAUGGUUGCUGCUCAUGUUUCCGAGCUGUUUGGAAGAUCAAAGGCUUGCAUGAAUGCUCUGUCUGUCCUAAGGAGAUGCAAGUGGGAUACUGAGAUUUCCACAAGGGCAUCUUCACUUUAUCACCUUAUUGAUAUACAUGGUAAAAAUGUUGCCUCCAUAGUUCACAAGGCUGAACCUCUUGAAGCGCACUUGGUACGUUCACCGGCAUGGAAGGAUGACAUAGCUUGUUCUAGUGAUAGGAACAGCAGUAACAACUUUGAUGGACAGGAUAAUGCCAACUCAGAGUCUACCAGUAGUUCAUCAGCAAUGCUCUUAAAGCCUGAAAAGCCUAGUUUAGUAAAUCAUAUUAUGGCAGAGGCAUCAUCAAAAAGUAUUGCAAAUUUGCCAGUUGACGCUCCUGCUUUGGCAACUUUUCUAACCAUGGAUAGAAAUGUUGGCUACAAUUGGGGUGCACAAGCUCUUCUAAGAAAUGUAUUUGCAGAGAAACAAGAAUUAUGUAUCUCUGUUGUUUCAUUAUUGUGGCACAAGCUAAUUGCAGCCCCUGAAACGAAAGUGAGUGCAGAAAGUACAUCUGCUCAACAGGGUUGGAGACAGGUGGUUGAUGCAAUCUGCAAUGUUGUUUCAGCUUCACCAACAAAAGCAGUAACAGCUAUUGUCUUACAGGCAGAAAAGGAUUUGCAGCCCUGGAUCGCAAGAGAUGAUGAGCAGGGACAGAAGAAGUGGAGAAUCAACCAGAGAAUUAUAAAAUUGAUCGUAGAACUUAUGAGAAAUCAUGACAGCCCAGAGGCACUGAUGAUCCUUGCAGGUGCUUCAGAUAUUCUGCUCCGUGCUACGGAUGGAAUGCUCGUUGAUGGUGAAGCAUGUACGUUGCCACAGUUGGAGCUCUUGGAAGUAACAGCAAGAGCAGUUCGACUUGUGAUCCAAUGGGGUGAAUCAGGCCUGGCUGUCGCAGAUGACCUCUCGAAUCUGCUGAAGUGUCGCUUACCAGCCGCGGUCCAGUGUCUUUCCCAUCCAAGUGCACACGUACGUGCUCUCAGCAUAGCGGUACUCCGCAAUAUCAUCCAGAACAGCAUGAGCAACGGCAGUGGUCGUAUUCAAGGGGAUGCACCGGGCCUCUCUGAUCCAUCUUACCAAUGCUUGAAUCUGGGAAUCAUAAACUGGCAUUCAGACGUUGAGAAGUGCUUGAAGUGGGAGGCUCGUAGCAGGCUUGCAACUGGUUUGACACUUGCUUUCCUCAGUGCUGCUGCCAAAGAAUUGGGCUGCCCCAUCUCCUGUUGAGCAUAUCUUUGGCGUUGGCGGCACUUGUUAAUGUAUAUGUAAUGCCCUGUUAGUGUUCAGUAUGAUAGUCGCUAAUCAAGUCUCUGUUUUGUCACUAUAUUUGGUGUAUCGUUGUCUGAAUUCUGAAGAAUGUCAGUGGACCGAACACUUUCUCAUUGAUGAAAUGAAGUACGCAUCGU